CAUUCAAGACUCCGCGUGACGGCGGGUGUGCGUGACCCGAGUGUAGAGAGGGAGAGUUGAAAAGACGGAGAGAAGAAGUAGGAUUUCUCUCGUCUUUUCUGUUUUCUCUUUUCUUUGUCUUCUCGAAUAUCCGCGAGAUCGAGACCUUCUGCAAUCUAUGCCUCCUCCUUCCACGAUACCCUCCAUCCGAGUCCAAGAAAUGGGGAAAGAGGAAUAAGAGAUACAUCUGUUAUUUGAAUUCAAUUUCGACUUUCUUAAAGCUGUUUUCUCCCAACCCACUCAUUCAUCGAAUUCUUACAUUAGGGGUUCGUCUAAUCGUCCAAUUAGGCAGGAGUAAGGAUCGACUUUUGAAGUUCCUUUAUCCACACUUCUUGUUUUUAUUUAUGGAUUUAUUUUUAAGGGUUUCUAAGUAGAUUUGGCCCCAGAUUGGGGAUCGGAGAUUUCAGUACACGGACAAAUUUUAAAUCUAUUGUGUGCAUGUUGAUUUUUUUUCUUUUCAAAAUUUGAUCGGGAAAAAGUAAACCGCUUUUAGAUCGAUCAUGACGAUUCCCGAUUCAUCUUUCCUGAUGGACAAUGAGGCUAGCUGCUUGCCGUGUACACCGGAGGAAGAAAGGCGGAUUAUAAGGCAACUAACUGAAGCAGCAGAAUCUAAUUUGAAAGAAGGGAACUUAUAUUAUAUUCUUUCCAACAGGUGGUUUAUGAGUUGGCAGAAUUACAUUGGAGAAGACAAUUUUCCAAUUGAUGAUCCUUCCACUAAUUUUCGACAUACAAAUGGGCUUUUAAAGACAGCAGAUAGACCAGGACAGAUAGAUAAUUCUCAUCUUGUUAAAAAUGGAAAUGCUACAGAAAGUGAUGAUUUGGAGCUUUUUAGAGCACUGGAAGAAGGACAUGAUUAUGUUUUGGUUCCUCAAGAAGUUUGGAAGAAGCUUGUUGAUUGGUACAAAGGAGGACCAGCUAUACCCAGAAGGUUGAUUUCCCAAGGUGUUGUCCACAACAAGAAUUUUAUCGUUGAGGUUUACCCACUCUGUCUUAACUUAAUUGACUCUAGAGAUAACAAGCAAUCAGUUAUCCAGAUAAGUAAAAAGGCAUCUCUAUGCGAGCUUUACAACAGGGUGUGCACAAUUCACAAGCUUGAUCAGGAGAAGGUUUGCAUAUGGGAUUACUUCAAUAGGCAAAAAUGUUCAAAAUUGACUGCUUCCACCCAAACCCUGGAGGAGUCCAAUUUGCAAAUGGACCAGGAUAUUCUUUUAGAAGUGCAAUUUGAUGGGUCUCUGUCCCAUGGAUUUCGUAUGGAUUCAACGGGAAAUGAAUUAGCUUUGAUUGCAUUAGAACCUUCAAGGUCAACUGUUACAAUUGCAGGUGGCCCUGCUCUAUCAAAUGGGUAUUCAACAGGAUAUGGCUCAAACUUGAUUCAAGGGAAUGGUUUAAACCCAGUUUUAACAGAUGUGGAUGAUGGUAAUGAUCUUUCAAGCACCAUGAUGAAAGGAGAAAAGGGAGGGUUGGCAGGAUUGCAAAACCUGGGAAAUACUUGCUUUAUGAACAGUGCUAUUCAAUGUUUAGUCCAUACACCUCCACUUCUUGAGUACUUCUUGCAGGAUUACAAUGAGGAGAUCAACAAGCAAAAUCCUUUAGGACUGCAUGGUGAGCUUGCAGUUGCAUUUGGUGAAUUGCUGAGAAAAUUAUGGUCUUCUGGACGGACACCAAUUGCACCACGUGCUUUUAAGGGGAAACUCGCUCGUUUUGCUCCCCAGUUCAGUGGAUAUAACCAGCAUGAUUCUCAAGAACUUUUGGCUUUUCUAUUGGAUGGGCUGCAUGAAGAUUUAAAUCGUGUCAAACAGAAGCCCUACAUUGAAGUGAAGGAUGCAGAUGGCCGUCCAGAUGAGGAAUUUGCAAAGGAGUGUUGGCAAAAUCACAAAGCUCGAAAUGAUUCCAUAAUUGUAGAUGUUUGCCAAGGUCAAUACAAGUCAACAUUAGUAUGUCCAGUUUGCAGAAAAGUUUCAGUGACAUUUGAUCCCUUCAUGUACUUAUCUUUGCCAUUACCUUCAACUGUCACAAGGACAAUGACAGUAACUGUGUUCUAUGGUGAUGGGCGUGCUCUUCCCAUACCCUACACUGUAACAUUGCCAAAACAUGGCUGCUACAAAGAUCUUAGUCAGGCCUUGAGUACUGCAUGCUGCUUAAAGGUUGAUGAAAGCUUAUUGCUUGCUGAGGUUUACGAGCAUCAAAUAUACCGGUACUUGGAGAAGCCUUUCGAACCAUUAUCUAUGAUAAAGGAUGAUGAGCAUAUUGUAGCUUAUCGAUUUCCUAAAAAACAUGAUGGAUUGACAAGGCUGGAGAUAAUUCACAGGAGCAAAGUAAAUGAUGGAAGGAUCUAUUGCUCCAGAGGUUCAUCAGAGAUGCUCAACAGUUGGGACAGGAAGCUUUUUGGAGCACCAUUGGUUACUUGUUUGCCUGAGGGUGCACAAACAGAAGCUGAUAUUCAAAUUGCUAUUCGUAAAAUGCUUGAACCAUUGUUGCGAAGAAAAGCAUAUUUUCCUGUUAAUUCUGUCAAUUCGAGCAGGGAAAAUGGCUGUGCUACAGGAGUUGAUGUUGAUAGACCAGUGAACAGUUACAGUCCUCAAUCUGAACUUAAGAAUCACACAGACGACAUGGAACUAGAACAUACAUCUUAUGGGGAAUCAUUCUUUCAGCUCUUUGAGACUGAUGAAAAGGGUUUGAAAUGCAGUCCCAUUGGAGAUGGUUAUCUUAUUAAACCUGGCCAAUCUAUAAAGGUACUUUUGGAUUGGUUUGAGAAGGAAAACGAAUUAUAUGAUUCUAGCUACCUUGAGGAUCUUCCUGAGGUAUACAAGACUGGGUUCACCAUGAAGAAGACACGGCAGGAAGCUAUUUCUUUAUUUUCAUGCCUGGAGGCGUUCUUGAAAGAGGAACCUUUAGGCCCUGAUGACAUGUGGUACUGUCCUAGCUGUAAGGAACAUAGGCAAGCUACCAAGAAACUUGACUUGUGGAGGCUGCCAGACAUUCUAGUUGUUCACUUGAAACGAUUCUCAUACAGCCGAUAUCUGAAAAACAAGCUUGAUACCUUUGUACAUUUCCCUGUUCAUAGUCUUGAUUUAAGCAAAUAUGUAAAGAGCAAGGAUGCUGGUCCUCAAUCUCAUGUGUAUGAGCUCUAUGCCAUUAGUAAUCACUAUGGUGGCCUGGGGGGAGGGCACUACUCUGCCUAUGCUAAGUUAAUUGAAGAUAACAGAUGGUAUCAUUUUGAUGAUAGUCACGUUUCUCCAGUCAAUGAGGAAGAGAUCAAAACCUCAGCAGCUUAUGUUUUGUUCUAUCAAAGAGUUAAAAGUUGAAACUAAAACCAGAUAUGACGGGCCAUUACAUGCUCAUUCACCAAGCUGCUGAAGUCCAUGAUGAAAUACACGGCAUCUUUUUUCUUUUAUUUUGUUAGCUCUUCUCCUGGCAAAUACUGCACUGCCCUGAACAUUAAUACUUGUUAGAUGGAAUACUCGUGUAGUUUGGGGGGGGGGGGUGCAAGUGCAACCUGUCCAGAUUCUGAUUGAUGAGAAAUGUAAGUUGAAAUAGAUGUAGAGGGAUGCAGGGACAACGUGGUAAGGAAAUUGGGAUAUUUCUAUUACGAUUUUUGGGGCUUAGGGAAUUUUGAUGUGGUAUUAUGGAAGUACACAAAUUGUAUCAGUAAUAAUCUGUAUUUAUAGUUUACAUUUUAGCAUGUUGUCUAUGGAAUUUUCUUUUGACUAACCUUUUCUAGUUUUCUUCGUCUUUGGUUGGUUAUUUGUCCUUGUAUUAAGCUAUACUUGUAUUGAGGAGAUAUGAUUGAAAUUGGAUUUA